UUAAUUCAAUUAUGGCUCUUGUUUUGCACUUGCGUGGGCUUUACCUAGUAUAAGCAAGACAGAGUUUGUGCAGUGCUUAUCCUAGAGCUAUAUAUAAGAGCACUUUGCAUUAUUGCAAUCGACUUUCUCAUAGCUAUAACUCUAGCUCCAGCUGCAAGUACAGUGUUGCCUGAGCUACAGCAAUCUCUCUGCACUUGAACGGAUUCCCGAAUUGUCCUCUGUGGUGAAUCACCUCAUAGCACUCUAAUUGCAGCUCAAAAGGCUAAGAACUGAAGUUUACUGUGUCAAAACUGCACUCCCUCCUGGAAACAAAAUCAUGGCUCUAAGACUAGACUUCAUCUUCUCCCUACUUGUGGUGUCCUCCCUGCUGGUCAGCAGUUCCCAAUCCAACAUUGGCACUGGAUGGUGGUCUCUGGGACUGUCUGGAUGUGCUAAUGCGGACGGUAACUGUCACAAUUGUGCACAGCUUAGAAGUCAGGGUGUUUUGAGCCAGGAGCAAACUGAACAGUGCACAACCACUGACGGCCAGCAGACAGUGCCGGCUAUAGCCCUCGGCACCAGACGCGCAAUACUCGAGUGUCAGGAUCGGUUUGACAACAACAGAUGGAACUGUACUACCUUUGAAGGAAACAAUCUCUUUGGAUCAUUUGUCAGCGACAAUCGUACUCGUGAGACAGCUGCCUUGUUUGGUUACUUAACGGCAGGGGCAACCCAGGCCGUUGCUCAAGCUUGCAGAGCCCAGAAGAUACAGAACUGUCCAUGCGCAGAUUCAGCUGCUCCUACUUUUACUGAUGAUGGAGACACUAUUUUCACUGUUUGCGCUGACAAUGUUCAAUGGGCAACCGAAUUCAUUUCUGAAUUUCUAUCCACUGCUUUAACGAGCGUGGGCGAAAUGUGCGACCAAUGGAACAUCGAUGUGGGAAAAAAAGCCAUGUCAGAAACUACCACAUUUUGUAGAUGUCACGGUAUCUCAGGAACGUGCUCAGUUCAAACCUGCUACGAAAGAGCCCACACGCUCAAAGAAAUUGGAGAAGGACUAUACAAUAAGUAUCAGAGUGCAGUACCAGUGGCCCUAGUCAAUAACACACUACAGAGAACUGGCCCAUCUGCCCUGACCGCCGACCCACUAAAGACCACCGACCUCUGCUAUGUAGACGAUUCUCCCAAUUUCUGCAAUGCUGACACCGUAAAGGGAGUGCUUGGCACUGCACAUCGACUCUGCGAUGUUGCUCCGAAUAGUGCCAAUUCUUGCUCUGUGCUCUGCUGCGAUCGUGGACACUAUACGAAAACACACUCAGUCCCAGUAGAAGAGUGCAAGUUUGUGUACUGCUGUCGAAUCGAGUGCAAUGUUGUCAGAGUGGAUACAAUAACAGAGUACAGAUGCAACCCGUCUCUCGGAAUAACCAACUGUGCAGUAUCAGACAGCUGCAACAAUUGCGACGAGCUGCGAGGAGAAAAUAUCCUAUCUGACACUCAAGUCAAGAAGUGCAGUGAUGACUCGCAAGCUGUAAGAGCCAUUGCUUCGGGAAUUCGCACAGCGAUUAUCGAAUGCCACAACCAGUUUAAAGAUAGGAAAUGGACUUGCUCUGCACUAGCCACUGAAGGAAAUGAGAAUCUUUUCGGAUCAUUUGUCAGUGAAAUGAGAACCCGGGAGACAGCUGUACUCUACGCCUUCCUAGUGGCAGGUGCUUCUCAGAGAUUGGCACAAUAUUGCCGGGAAGGGAGAAUCAGAGAGUGUGAAUGCAACAAGGCCGAACAGCAGAUUGAUGAUGAAAACAACGUCAUUUUUAAUAAAUGCGACGAGAAUCCUACUUGGGCUCUAAAUUACAUACAAGAGUUCACGACUUCUCCUUAUCAAGAUUUGUCUGUUAAUAACACUGGGUCUCUGAUUGAUAUGCAUAACAUAGAGGUCGGAAAACAGACCAUGAACAGGACCGAGCAAUUUUGCAAGUGUCAUGGAAUUUCUGGUGCAUGCACAGUUCAGACCUGCUAUGAAAAACUACCAGCACUCGCAGAAGUUAGCGAAUCUCUUUACAUCAAAUACGAUGGAGCAGUAAAAGUAGAUUUAGUUGAUGGAGAACUAAAAAGAGAUAGCACUUUUGAAGCUAAUCCUCUGGGCGAUUCUGAUCUUGCUUUCUCCGAUGAGUCACCUGACUUGUGUGUGAAUGCCACAAAAGAAGGUGUGCAAGGAACAGCCCAUCGGGAGUGUGAAGUCUCGGACAGCAGCUCGAAGAGUUGCUCUGUGCUUUGCUGUGGGCGUGGUCAUUAUCUAGUAACUGAUAUAAAAGAAGAGGAAGACUGUGUAUUUCGGUAUUGCUGUGAUAUUGUAUGCACUAAAAAGUAUAUAGAAAGCACUGUUUACAAGUGUAAUCCUUGAUGUCACAUUAAUGGCAUCUGUGUUUUUUUAUCAUGUCCAUGUCACUUUUUAUGUUUUUGCCAGACUAUCCAUUUUUGUAAUAGCUUCAUUAAAUUGAGUGAAUAAAAAUCGAGUGAAUAAACACAA